CUAUGCUUCACUUUCCUUGGUACAGUAUUGUAAAGCUUUAAAAUGGAUUUGAUAGUCACUGACAGUAUGCUGGUGUACCAAAUCAGGUAUGGGAAACCCAUGUAUAGCUUCUUGAGGUCUCAGUAGCUGAAGACCGGUCUAUGCUCCAUAUAAUCACACAUUCAGUUAAUGACUAGAGCCAAUAGGACCUAAUUUGGAAAUAGAAUCAUUGAUCAGUCACAGCUGUGCUUUUUAAAAUCAUAUAUUUUGGUUUCUGUUCUAGGGAAGUGAUGCAGCGUACUAUACAGAAACAAGAAUAGCCUUUCUGGAUAUCAAAUAGCACAACUCCCAGCCAUGGCUAGUCCAACAAUUGAAUCACUUUGUUGUCUGUCUACCAAAAAUGCAUUCAGCAAAGAUUUUCUUGCUGAUUUCCAGUCAGUGCCAUAUAAUCUUGUCUCCAUUAUUGCAUCAGUACUUGGCAUAGCUGGUGCAAUCUAUCAGGUGCUACCACAGACACCAGGCACUGGAGCUCUCAAUGGAGGUCGUAGAUUCUUCAGGACUCGAGGUCGUCUCAUCAUCAGAUGGCUAGCUAUGGCUGAUUUAAUGGCAUCCUUUAGCAUCCUCAUCCGGUCAGCUUCUUGGCUUGCUGAUGAUACUUUUGGCUCGGACCCUGAUGACAGUCCCCUUGGACAGUGUGUGUGCAUAAUAACUUCAGCAAUGAUUCACUACUUCUACACUGCUACAUACUGCUGGACCUUCUUGUAUGCACUAGAUGUUAAACUGGUGAUGCAGGAUAAGCGGAUAAAUCAACGUAUUUAUCACCUAGUAUCUUGGACUGUUCCUCUUGUGUUAUGUUUAAUUGGUCUUCUUAUCCUGUACCUUCCAGACCUAAACUGCCAUAGUACGAAUGUGAACCCAUAUAUUCGGUUCCUCCCCAACUACUUGAGUACAUUCAUCCCCAUCGUGGUUGUCAUGAUAGGCAACCCAGUAUUCUACUGCUUGGUAUUUUCCAGAGUGGAAAAGCAAAUUAUGUCAGCAAGAGGCAGAUUUACACAGUCUGAGCGACGUGUGGUUAAUCGACUCAGAAAGAAGUUCUUAGUAAUCAAUGCUGUCUUUUAUCUCUGUUGGUUACCAAAUAUCAUCAAUGGUAUUGUGUUGUGGUCAAAAUGGGAUGAACUUCCCAGAACCUUCAUUCUUAUCAUUUGGUACCUAAUGGCAGUUCUAAAUCCUUUACAAGCUGUCUUCAACUGUAUAGUUUAUCGGAGCUGGGAUUCAGGGAGUAACCUUCCAAAGCCAGAGGUGGUAAUACAGCAGUUUUGGAAGAAGAGGUCUUCUUGGCAACAUGAUGAAACCCUUACUAAUAUUGACGAGAGUGCUGAUGAACAGGAUGAAAAUGAAUUUGGUCCAGAGCAAUCUUCUUCCGGAAGUUUUCAAGUGCAUUCUUUGCAUGAACGCUCUCCUCUUCUGCCUUCCCAUGACUCUCUGGAUCAGAGUUCUCAAGAAAUAGUAAAUGGCAGCCAGUCUUUUAAGAAGUACAGUGAAUAGCAUUUUCACAAAAGUUCUUAUAGUGUCCUGUAAAAGUGUCACACUAACUACUGUAUAGCUGAAGUUUCACACUAAUUGUGAAGGAAAGGCAGUAUGGAGUUUGAACCCACACCAUUUGGUCACUAAUUCACAAGUUCUCAAAUAGUUUACACUCGCUCACCUAGUGAUAGUCCAAGCAUCUAGUUAGCAUAUGGCAUGGGUUCAAAUAACACAGUAUUUCCUCUACAGUUAAUUAGUAUAUUAUUGACCUUGUCUUCUGAGUAACUCAUGACAUUGUACAAACUCAGUAACUGGUAUUAUUGUUGAAUCUCAUAAAUAUAUGCCUAACUUACUGUUAAGAAUAAAAUAUUGUGUAAUAUUAUGUACAGUAAUAAUAUUUUACACACUAAGACGUGCAGCAUUUUAUGGUGCUGGAAAUGCUGACUACAGACAUUAGCAAUUUUCAGUAAGGCUAAAAGAGUUGCCUUCAUAUUGAAGGUAAAUAUGGAAGAGAAGGUGACUUAGUGAUUUAUGCUAAUGUACCUAGCCGAGUUAGGGUAGCCAACGCCUGAACAUUCCUAUGCAAGCCAAGAUGUGAAGCAUUUUAGCUUGCUGAUGUAAUAUGUAGAUGAAAUCAAGUUGCCAUUGCUGCUGCCAAUUGGCUGUUUAUUAUAGGGAGAAUGUAAAUGGCACCUUUGUUCAGAGUUUUUUUUUUAUAUUGUAGUUCCUUGAUUUACAGGGAGUGCAAAGCAUAAUUAUGACAAAUGUUUAUAAUCAUAAGCUUUUUUGUAUAUUCUGGUGCAUGGUAAAGCCCAUUAUUAAUAGUGUGAUAGAAUGCAUGUUAAAGUUGGUUUAUCUUUGACACCAAAAAUCUAAAUAAAAUUUUAUUAUCUCUUAAAGAAUUUCAGUUUUCAGUGCUAAUAUUUAGUCUCUUAGCCAUACCUAAUACAGCCUCUUCUCACUUAGCGAUGUACUCAUUUACCAACACCUCUGACUUACGACGGGCUCUCUGACCAGUAUUUACACCUAAAAAAUGUAUAUUAGAGCUGAUUUCCUCUAUUCUGUUUGUCAAUAUACAGUACACUGCUGUAUAAACAUUUAAAAAUAUACCAGAAAUGUUAUAAAUGGUGCAAAGGUGGCAUUAAAACAAUAUCAAAGAUGGUUGACACAAACCCACUACCAUUACAGUAUGCUCCUCACUUAGCGGCGAAUUCGUUUAAUGACAUGGUCUUAGGAACGGAACUCCGUCAUUGAGGAGAGGCUGUACAUUAUUUACAUACUAUACAUUUCUUUUUUCUUUCAACACACCGGCCGUAUCCCACCGAGGCAGGGUGGCCCAAAAGGAAAAAACGAAAGUUUCUCCUUUUACAUUUAGUAAUAUAUACAGGAGAAGGGGUUACUAGCCCCUUGUUCCUGGCAUUUUAGUCGCCUCUUACGACACGCAUGGCUUACGGAGGAAGAAUAUACUAUACAUAUACUUCACAAAUGGAUAUGGACAAAUUUAGUUGGCGAGUAUCAUUUUGUAGCUUGCUUUGCAAUUUAGUUUUUUGUCUUGUGAAGUUUUCCUUGAAAAAUUUCCUUAGAAUUUUUUGAUGAGUUCCUUUUACAUUCCCUCUAAAAUUCAUCUACCACCAUUGCAAUUUUUCAUGAGAAUCUCCCAGAAGAACUGUGUCAUCAACAAAGAGCAACUGUGACAACUCCUAACUUCUCUCACAUUUGUUAUCUUCUAAUCCCACACUUCUCAACUUCAUAGCAUUCACUUUUUUUACAAACCACUCUAUAAAUGUGUUAAUCAACCACAGUGAUGACAUAACCCAUUCUUGUUUAUGACCUACUUUUACCGGAAUAUAAUCCCCAUCUGCAUACCCUAACUUGAGCCUCACUAUCCACAUAAAAGUUUUACUGCUUCUAGUAGCCUACUUCCCAUUUUAUACACAGGUACUCCUUACUUAACGAUCUACCUGUUUAACGGCCACUCAGACUUACAACCAGGUCUCCAUCCAGUGUACUGUAUGUGUAUUUUACUUGUUUAUUGUUUUUUAAUGCCUAGUUCUAUUUUAAUAUACUAAAAAUGUUAUAAUGGUGCAAAGGUGAUAUUGAAACAAUAUCAGUAGAUGAUUGAUACAAACCCACUACUGUUACAACAUGCUUGAAAUAUCAGUAAGGGACGACUCUUCGCUUAAUGACCAAUUCGCUUACUGACCUACGCUUGGGAAUGGAACUAGGUCGUUAAGUGAGGAGUAACUGUAUUUUCAGUAUGUGCUGCACUGCUUUACUAUCCAAUCUGUCAUCUGACUUUCCUAAAUCUAUAAAUGCAACAAACAGAUUACCCUUAUUUAAGUAUUCUUCACUUCUUAAAUUCCACUGCAAUCCUACUUUCUGUCUUGCCCCUAACACUUUCAGUAAUAAUGCUGCCAUACACUUGACCUAGUAUACUCAACAGGCUUAUCCUCCUAUAACAUACAUUCUCUCAUAUUCUCAAAGGGACUAUGCAAGCUCUCUGCCAGGCCUUAAGUACCUUCAGUUUUUUUUUUUUUUUUUUUGCAUCUGUUGAACUAAUAUACCAGCCACACCAACAUUAUAGCCCCAUCUGCUUUUAGCAUCUCUGUCUUAAGUCUGUCUGUCCAAUCUGCUUUGCCCUCUUUAACCCUUUGAGGGUUUCAGCCGUACUAGGUACAGCUUACGACCCAGGGUUUUUGACGUACUAGAACGCCUAAAUUCUAGCGCCCUCAAAUCUAGUGCGAGAAAGCUGGUAGGCAUACAUAUGAAAGAAUGGGUCUAUGUGGUCAGUGUGCACAGUAUAAAAAAAAUCCUGCAGCACACAGUGCAUAAUGAGAAAAAAAAAACUUUGACCGUGUUUUUUGAAUAAAACAGCGACUUUGCACUGUAUUUUCGUAUGGUAUUUAUUGUUGUAUUCUAGUUUUCUUGGUCUCAUUUUAUAGAAUGGAAGACAUAUUACAGAAAUUGAGAUGAUUUUGACUGGUUUUACAAUGAAAAGUACCUUGAAAUUCAGCUCAAAGUAGCAGAAAUGUUCGAUUUUUACCAAAGUUCAAAAGUAAACAAAUCAUGCCAAGCGUCCAAUACACGUCAACUGGUGAGUCUAAUAUUCUUUUGCAAGUGCGCCAAUAUUAUUUAUGGAAUUUUUU